CUGCUCGCCUCCUUCAUCAAAAGUGACACGCGCGGUUUGGGAAAUAUAACCGAGCAGAGCAUCCGUCCUCCCCGGCUCUCCGCCGCCGCUGCUCCUCCGCGGUUAUGCUACACGAAUCCGGAGGCGAGCAGCUCUCUGGUUUACACUGCGUUAUUUGAGCGUGCGGGUGUGUGUGUUUUAUCGCGACGAGACAUGUGUGUGAAACUGACCAUAGGAGUGUUGCUCUUGUUGACCGUAACGCAGCACGGAGACGCAACGGAGUCAACGGGAGACGUUCAUGAGACAUCGCAGGAGAGGCUGCUUAACGUCCAGAAAAGACGCCUGUCCCUGCAGAACACAGCGGAGAUCCAGCACUGCCUGGUGAAUGCCGGUGAUGUGGGCUGCGGGAUGUUCGAGUGCUUCAACAACAACUCCUGCGAGAUCCGCGGGCUGCACGAGAUCUGCAUGACGUUCCUGCACCACGCGGGCAAAUUCGACUCUCAGGGGAAAUCAUUCAUCAAGGACGCGCUGAAGUGCAUGGCCCAUGGGCUGCGCCACAAGUUCAGCUGUGUGAGCCGCAAGUGCCUGGCCGUGAAGGAGAUGGUGUUUCAGCUUCAGCGCGAGUGCUACGUCAAACACAACCUCUGCUCAGCGGUCAGGGAGAAUGUGAACGUCAUGGUGGAGAUGAUCCACUUUCAAGACCUGUUCCCCAAAGGGCCUCAUGUGGAGCUGGUGAACAUCCUCCUGGGCUGCGGAGAGGAGGUGCGUGCAGCCAUUGCCCAACGGAUCCGUGAUCAGUGCGAGCAGAACUGGGGUGCUCUGUGUGCCAGCCUGAGCCUCUGUCCUCUGGGCCACGCAGAGCGGCAGGGUGUGUCCACCCUUGCCCCCGUCUUCACCACCCCACACGGGGGCAGUGCCAACACCUUGCCCCCUGCUAGCCGACCACGCUCAGAGGCAGAUGUGGAGCAGGUUCGGACUCAUGGGGAUGGAGAUAAAGAUGAAGGCCACCUUCAACCUUCAGGGCCUCGGUCUCAGGACAACAGCACACAGUCUGAGACCACACCGCUUAGGAAGUCUUUAAACGCCACUCGAAGAAGGUGAAAGGCAGAGGAAACUCACUGGUUCUGAAAUUUGUGUGUACAGAAAGUAAGCUUGUCUGCUAGGCUACGUUCACAUUACUUUGCUGAAGUGGAACAAAUCAGAUUUUUUGCCUUAAUGUAACAUAGAUCUGAUUUUUUCAGAGCUGUGUGGACACACAAAUGUGAUCUUUUCACAUCAGAUCUGAGCCACUUCCAUAUGUGGUCCUAGAUUGGAUAUAUACCUGAUUCGUGGCCUUGUGACCCUAAUGAGAAUGCUCAGAGCAGAAUUCAUGUGUUCAUGCAGCGCCAAACCUAAGGUUAGUGGUAGUAAACUGUACAAAAGCAAUGCAUCUGAUUCCUUUUUCACCUUUAGAAAGAUCGGAUCUGAGCAAAAAAUCGGAAUUGGGUAACAAAGACUGUAAUGUGGACAUAGCCUUAGUUAUUACACAACGACUACUUUCCUUGCAGCCUCAAAGACAUACAAGUGUGACAAAAGAUGCAAUGAGCCAAGACCUCCAGCAAAUCCAGGUGUACCAGUCUUUUCAAAACUAUUAGGGAGUUUUAUGGCACAAAAACAUCUACGGGGAGUCCUUUCUUUGAGAGUACUGUAGUACCAUGGUAAGCACAGGCUGAAUUCCUGAGAUUGCAUAAUCUGCAUCUCAAAACAUUAGCAUAAUGACAGCCCAGGGCAGUAGGGUUCCUAUUGCAUUUAAAACAAAAUCAGAGCUUUCCAUGCUUUCAUGAAGACAAAAUAUCGCAAACCUGCAUGAAAAUGCACCUCCCUGCCGUCGGUGGCGUACUCUUACGGCCAGAUAACACUAGUGACACGCCUUUGAUUCACUUCAACGCAGUACACACAGCUAACACAGUUCUCAGUAAGUCAUGGUAGUGAAUAAAACGUCAUGUUGCUGUU